AUGGCCAACACUCGCCUAGAUCAGAUACAAAGUCACCUUGGGCCGAAUGGUUUGGAAAUGGAUCCUACCCGCGUUGACGGCCAUGUAAUUAUCAUAACCGGUGCAGCACAAGGCAUCGGUCGAUCAGCGGCCAUUCUCCUCGCUCAGAGGGGAGCGAAAGUCGCGAUCAAUGAUCUAGAUAGCGAAAAAGCAGCGGACGUUGUCCGCGAAAUCCGAAGCCUGGGACAUAUUGCAGAGGCCUUCCCUGGAGAUGCUCUGGAUGAAAAGUUCCCCGACCAACUGAUAACUCGAGUUCGGGCAAAAUGGGGGAAGAUCAACUGUUUAAUCAACAAUGCCGGGUUCUGUCAUGAUAGUGCCAUUCACAAAAUGCCGGACGCCAAAUUUGACAUUGUGAUGAAAAUACACAACUACACGCCGUUCCGCCUCCUCAGGGCCCUUUCCUCGCACUGGAUGGACCCCGCAUUCCAUGAUAUGCCUAAGAACCUCGUUAAUGUUUCUUCCACAUCCGGGCUACACGGCGCCAUGGGUCAGAUCAAUUAUGCAACAGCCAAGGCAGGAAUAGUCGGGCUCACAAAAACUGUGGCAGUAGAAUGGGGCCGAUACAAUGUGCGAGCCAAUGCUGUAGCAUACGGAUGGAUUGACACCCGUAUCACACGUCCUCCUACUAAGUCGCAAGUAUUAAGCAUUGGAGGGCAGCAGAUUAAACCUGGCAUUCCUAUGAAUGCGAAGAAAUGGCGAGACGUUUCGGACAUACCUUUGGCUAGACCAGGGACUGCGGAUGAGGCUGCCAGGGUUAUGUUAUUCCUAGCUAGCCCACUUGCUGCAUAUGUAACUGGAACUUGUAUUGAGUGCACUGGGGGUCGAUUCAUGUGA